GUUUGUAAUACAAAAAAAUGAGCAGCGACGAAGAAAAUUCCCAAAAUUCCAAAGGCGACAGAAGCGAUGAUUUGGAGGAACUUCUCAGUAUGGAGCGUCUUGACAGGGCUUCUCCUGAAUUGUGGCCGGAAAAGAUUCCAGGUGUAACGGAUUUUAUUUCAUCAAAUAACAAUCGCUCUUCGGUAUCUCCAACGCCUCCUUCGUGGUCGCGCGGGCUAACGUCCGAAGAUAUCGCUGCCAUGCACAAACUUGGGACACUUACCCCAUCAGCAUUGGCUCUCGAUCUGAAGAAGAUCUACGACCAGGCUUAUGUGCUGGGUGUCCAGGAGGCCAAAGAAAUGACGAGAGGGAAGUAUUUGAACAUUUUUGGUUAUGACAUCAAUAAAAGCCUUCAACAGCAGUCACCGUCGAAGGGUUUCCCCUCAACUACACUCAGAAAAAGUUCAACAUCAUCGGAAUAGUUGGAUCUACCCUCGUUCCAAGUACGUGGGAAUUUUUUGGUGAAAAAUUCAAAAAAAAUAAA